AUGGGUUACACUGAGAAGGACUGGUUGGCCAUCAACACGAUCCGUGUUCUUGCUGCCGAUGCCACCGCCAAGUCGAACUCCGGCCACCCUGGUGCGCCCAUGGGUAUGGCACCGGUUGCCCACGUUCUGUUCAGCAAGUUCAUGAAGUUCAACCCCAAGAACCCCAAGUGGUUGAACCGUGACCGCUUCGUUCUCUCCAACGGCCACGGCUGCAUGCUUCAGUAUGCUCUCCUCCACCUUUUCGGCUAUGCUGUCUCCAUGGACGACAUCAAGGCUUUCCGAUCCAUUGACAGCAUCACCCCUGGUCACCCCGAGGCUCACGACACCCCCGGUGUCGAGGUCACCACUGGUCCCCUUGGUCAGGGUAUCGCCAACGCUGUUGGUCUCGCCAUGGCUCAGGCCCAGACUGGUGCUACCUUCAACAAGGACGGCUUCAACCUGGUCGACAACUACACAUACUGCUUCCUCGGUGAUGGUUGCUUGAUGGAGGGUGUCUCUGGUGAGGCCUCUUCCCUGGCUGGUCACCUCCAGCUCGGCAACCUGAUUGCCAUCUACGAUGACAACCACAUUUCCAUUGACGGUGACACCAACUGCGCCUUCACUGAGGACGUCGUCAAGCGGUACGAGUCGUACGGCUGGGAGGUCCUGAUCGUCGAUGACGGUGACAACGACCUUGACAGCAUUGAGAAGGCCAUUGCCAAGGCCAAGGAGAGCAAGGACAAGCCUACCAUCAUCAAGCUGAAGACCACCAUUGGUUUCGGUUCCACCCAGCAGGGUACCCACGGUGUCCACGGCUCGCCCCUCAAGGCCGAUGACAUCAAGCAGCUCAAGGAGAAGUUCGGCUUCAACCCCAACGAGAGCUUCGCCGUUCCCCAGGAGGUUUACGACGCCUACGGCAAGGUUUCCGCCGCCGGUGCCGCCGCCGAGGCUGAGUGGAACAAGCUGUUCGCCGAGUACGGCAACAAGUACAAGGCCGAGCACGACGACCUCGUCCGUCGCCAGACUGGUGACCUGCCCAACGGCUGGGAGAAGGCCCUCCCCGUCUACACCCCCGCAGAUGCCGCUGUCGCCUCGCGAAAGCUGUCCGAGACUGUCCUGUCCAAGCUCGAGUCUGCUAUUCCCGAGCUGAUUGGUGGUUCCGCCGAUUUGACCGGCUCCAACCUGACCAGAUGGAAGGGUGCCGUCGACUUCCAGCCCCCCUCCACCGGCCUCGGUGACUACGCCGGUCGCUACAUCCGCUACGGUGUCCGUGAGCACGGUAUGGGUGCCAUCAUGAACGGUAUUGCCGCCUACGGCUCUUUGAUCCCCUACGCUGGUACCUUCCUGAACUUCGUCUCCUACGCCGCCGGCGCUGUCCGCCUGUCGGCUCUGUCCCAGGUCCGCGUUAUCUGGGUCGCCACCCACGACUCGAUUGGUCUGGGUGAGGAUGGUCCUACUCACCAGCCUAUCGAGACUCUGGCCCACUUCCGUGCUCUGCCCAACUGCAUGGUCUGGCGCCCUGCCGAUGGUAACGAGACCAGCGCUGCCUACUACGUUGCCCUCACCUCCAAGCACACUCCCAGCAUCAUGGCUCUGUCCCGACAGAACCUUCCCCAGCUGGAGGGCUCCACUAUUGAGCGCGCCAGCAAGGGUGGUUACGUCCUGAGCGAGGUCGAGGGUGCCCAGGUUACCCUGGUCUCGACUGGUUCCGAGGUCUGCAUCUGCGUUGACGCCGUCAAGGAGCUUGCUGAGAAGCACAACAUCAAGGCCCGUAUCGUCUCUAUUCCCUGCUUCGAGGUGUUCGAUGCCCAGAGCAAGGAGUACAGACUCAGCGUUCUGCCCGACGGUAUCCCCUCGCUGUCCGUUGAGGUCAUGAGCACCAUGGGCUGGGAGCGCUACACCCACGAGCAGUUCGGUAUCAACCGAUUCGGUGCCUCUGGUGCCUACAAGGAUGUCUACAAGGCAAGUUCAAUCCCCCAGAGUUUUAAGUUCGAGUUCACCCCCGAGGGCAUUGCCAAGCGCGCCGUUGCCACCAUCGACUUCUGGAAGGACGUCCCCAACAUCCGCUCGCCUAUCAACCGGGCUUUCCAGCAGCUCAUUUAA